AUGGAUCCCUUUUUCGUUGAUAUUCCCAAAGAAGAACAUAGGAUCAUUCGGAAUUCAGGGACCUUCUUGAUAACGAUGCGAGCCUCCGAGCCUCCGAGCCUCGCUACUAGAGGAAUGUUUGACGAAAUACCCCAUCAGUUAAGGCCAAAUACGGACAAAGAAUCACGUAUCAAGUACAAUGUCGGGAAUUGUGCCUUGUUGCUCCGCAGAUUGCCAGAGGGCAAGCGGCCUGUUGCGCGAUCGCAUUCUGACCCAGCUAAAGACACGAUCAUUAUCAAUGCUUGCGAGUCUAGUUCCUAAGCAACAUAGCUGAACGUUCGCGAUCAUCGAUUUGAUGAAUCCUCAGCAAAAAGCCUCCCAAUUCGAGCACGGCACAAUCUUUCAGGCAUUUCUCAACACGGGAGGCUAUCAUCGCUGGCACGGUCCGGUGGAUGUGGUAAUAAAACAAGGCCGUCAUAGUUCGGGAGCAUACUGUUCGGGAAUUCGCCCUCACGCUGCCUCGGACCCUUCAGUGCCAGGGAACACCCAGCAUCUCGUCGCUUCGAUGGCGAUACGGGCAUUGAUUUUCAUCAAGGCCAAGAUUAUUGUCGUCGGAGUGGAUGUUAUCCAGUUGUCAAAUCACGGUAGUCGAGGGGUAAGAGGUCGCAAAGGGACAAGAUAUCGGGAUGUUCCACCAGGGAGGCAUAGCUCAUUGCUUGCUCCUCUAGCUUGGCGUGGGUAAGCUGGGAGGGACGACCAUUAGGGGAGCCGGUUAAGGUGAACAGCGCGUUUGCUUCUGUGGAGGAGUGGGAGUUCGACUACAGCCAGCAUUUCGGGGGCGCGUGUUUUUCGGCCGUAUAUUUGACUAGUAGUUGAAAUAUGAGCUAUCUUAAUUUCUCAGUCGAGUAAUUAGCGAGCAGAAUAAUUGCCGCCUUGGGGUUCCAUGGCUUACCUGUAUU